ACACACUUUUCCUUUGCCCAAAAACAUUUCCUCCUCUUCAUUAUCCGAAUACAUCUCUGAAUACCCUUUCUCUCUCUACUAUGAUUCAUCCAAAAUUUUCGGCGAUUUUCCCUUCAAGACCCUAAAAAGCUUAAACCUUUCUAAUUCUUCUCCCAACAUCCUUUUAACGUUUAAUUCGAUUCUAAUUCUAUCCGUGUCUUCGAUUUUUUUGGUUAAAUUCGAAAACCCAAAAUCCAUUUUUUUUUGUACAAAUUUGGUUUGAUUAUUUAUUUUUGUUUACUGUAAUUUAUAAAUUUUUUAACACAAAGCUCCAGUCUUUUCUCUGCAAGGAUUAAGCAGAGACAAAUCUUUGUUGUUCUGUUUUUUUUUUUUUCCUGGGAAGCUGUUUUUUAGUUUUUUGGGGAGCCAAAAUCCGCAACACGACGCGGAUCAUAGUCUAAGCGGUGUUUGUUGUUGCCUUUGAAGUAACCGAGAUGGAGAUGGUGACACUUGUGACCUAGAAUUGCCAAAAUUGGUGUUUGUUUAGCUGCAAAAGAAUUGGGUUUGUUUCAGAAGAUUCAGCUUGGUGUUAUGCUUAGAAGAGAAAUUGGAGAAUCGGCGAUUAUUUUCGUUUGGGUAUUGUGUACUUUGAUUGCUUGGGCACUUGGGGUUAUGAGGAAUAGCAGUGAUGCCCAGAAACAGUUGGGUGGAGCUGUAGUUCCAAGGCCGGGGAGAGCAGGUAAUGGGAUCAUACCGAAAUUUCGAGCUAUUUCAAGCUACUUAAGGAUCGUCUCGUCUGGGGCGUCUACCGUUGCAAAGUCUGCGGCAUCAGCUGCGGCUUCGAUUGUCGAUAAGAUAGAUGAUGCCAACCAUGACCAGGUGCUAUGGGCUGGGUUCGACAAGUUAGAGAAUGAGGGGGAUGUAACCCGGCAAGUUCUCUUGCUGGGAUAUCGCUCUGGUUUCCAGGUCUGGGAUGUUGAAGAGGCAAACAAUGUUCGUGACUUGGUUUCAAAACAUGAUAGUCCUGUUUCUUUUAUGCAAAUGCUACCAAAACCAAUAGUAUCAAGAACUUCAGUUGACAAGUUUGCAGAUAGCCGACCACUUCUGGCAGUUUGUGCAGAUGGCCCCCAUUCUGGAGGUUGUAACGUUCAGGAUGGGUUAGCCGAUCUUUGCAAUGGGAGCAUCCCAAACUACCAUGCCUUGGGAAAUGGCAGUUCCAUGCCUACUAUGAUUCGGUUUUAUUCAUUGAGUUCUCACUCUUAUGUACAUGUUCUGAAGUUCCGAUCUAUUGUCUAUUGUGUAAGAUGCAGUUCCCGAGUUGUUGCUAUUUCUCAAGCAGCUCAGAUACACUGUUUUGAUUCCUCGACAUUAGAAAGGGCAUAUACCAUUCUUACAAAUCCUAUCAUUACCAGUUGUCCUGGUCCUGGCGGUAUAGGCUAUGGACCUCUUGCAGUUGGUCCCAGGUGGCUAGCAUACAGUGGUAGUCCAGUUGUAGUAUCCAAUUCUGGCCGUGUUAGUCCACAGCAUCUGGGGCCUUCUGCUAGCUUUUCUGGUUAUGGUUCAAAUGGGAGUCUGGUUGCGCACUAUGCAAAAGAGUCUAGCAAGCAACUUGCUACCGGGAUUGUGACUCUAGGAGACAUUGGAUAUAAAAAACUGUCGAGGUAUUGCUCCGAGCUUCUGCCAGAUUCACGUAGUUCUCUGCAAUCUGGAGGUCCUGGCUUGAAGGGCAGUGGAACUGUUAAUGGUCAUUAUCCGGAUUCAGAUAGUGUUGGCAUGGUAAUUGUUAGGGACAUUGUCAGUAAACAGGUUAUUGCGCAGUUUAGGGCGCAUAAGAGUCCUAUUUCAGCAUUAUGUUUUGACCCUAGUGGGACUCUUUUAGUCACAGCCUCAGUUCAGGGUCAUAACAUAAAUGUAUUCAGAAUAAUGCAAGGACUUCCAGGAAUCUCAUCUGGCGGUGACGUUGACACUUCUUAUGUACAUCUUUACAGGCUGCAACGUGGUUUGACGAAUGCUGUUAUACCGGACAUAAGUUUCAGUGAUGACAGCAGCUGGAUCAUGAUAAGUUCCUCAAGAGGUACAAGCCAUCUAUUUGCCAUCAAUCCAUUUGGUGGCGCAGUAAGUUUUUUGUCUGCUGAUGCUGGUAUCACCAUUAAAAAUAGUGAAUCGGGUGUCAUGACUAAAUCGGCAGUUCGUUGGCCUCCAAAUUCGGGUGUACAGAUGUCUCAUCAACAAAAGCUUUGUGCAUCUGGUCCCCCAGUUACACUUUCUGUUGUUAGCAGAAUAAGAAAUGGCAAUAGCGGUUGGAGAGGCACCGUAAGUGGUGCUGCAGCUGCUGCAGCAGGCAGGCAGGGUUCCCUUUCGGGGGCUAUUGCUUCGUCUUUUCGUAAUUGCAAAGGGAACAUUGGUUUAAAUGUUGAUAACAGCUCUUCGAAGACCAAGUACCUUCUUCUAGUUUUUUCUCCUUCUGGUCUUAUGAUUCAAUAUAGAUUGCGGACUCCAGCUGGUUUAGAUUCUGGAACCCUUGCCUCUGUAUCAAACAAUCCAUACGAGCCAGCUGCAGAAUCUGAUGGAAGAUUAGUAGUUGAGGCAAUCCAGAAGUGGAAUAUAUGCCAGAAACAAAGUCGACGUGAGCGUGAAGAUAAUAUCGAUAUCUAUGGUGAGAAUGGAAAUUCAGACAAUCACAAGAUAUAUCCAGAGGGCAUGAAGAAGGGGAAUAGCAUUUACCCUGAAGCAUCAAUAGCAACAGCGAAGAUCAACCCUGAGGAAAAGCAUCAGCUGUAUAUUUCUGAAGCUGAAUUGCAAAUGCAUCAAGCUCGGGUCCCUUUGUGGGCAAAACCUGAGAUAUACUUUCAGUCCAUGAUGAUGGAUGGCAUGAAAGUGGAUGAAGGAAAAGCUUUGGUAGGGGAAAUAGAGAUUGAACGAAUUCCAACUUGUGUGAUUGAAGCAAGGUCAAAAGAAUUAAUUCCUGUAUUGGACUAUCUCCAAACUCCCAAAUAUUAUCAAAUGAGGGUUCCUGCUGUAGAUAGUGAUAUCAAUGGGAACCUGAUGCAGCCAAAGUCUGGGCCAUCCGAAAGUAGCAGGAUUUCACAUCAAAACAGUUCUGGUUCUCUUGAAUCCAUGACUGAGAUUGGUGCUGCGGUUAGUGAACUCCAGUGUGGUGUUGAAGAGACUGGGUGGGAUGGUCCUGGGAUACCUACAGAAACUAAGGACUUUGUAAAUAACAAUGAUAGCCUAAAAACAAAUACUCAGCUCGAGAUUGUAAAUAAUAGAGAGAGCUUGAAGAUGGAGUCUCAACUCAAGUUUGUAAAUAAUGACAUCAAUGGCCUAACGGAGAAUCGUUUUGAAGAUGGCGAUGAGCUUGAUUAAGGUGUGCAGUUAUUCUUUUAUUCUCCAGAAGACUUGAUUAACAGUGUUAAUGCUAUGAUGGGUGAAAUGUAGACGAGUGAGGUUUAGGGGUUUCGCUCUUUCGGCUCGACUGUGUGAAGUGGAAAUUGUUGAUAUCAUGGUGCUUGGGGUUUCUAUCUUCAGUCAUAUGAACAUUGUAAAUAACAGAUAAUCAUUUGUAAUAUGUAAAUAUUAGCAUUACCCCUUAUAACUUAACUACUGUUCUUAUUCUACUAA